UAAAGCAGGGCUGGUUAGAAACCGUGUUCUCGGAUUGUCGUCCGGUUGAUUUGCUGUGUAAAGCACGGGUAGUGUGACGGGUGUGUGUUUCAGGGCAGUUUGUGGUAGCGGUGGAGUGGGCGGGCGCCACGGGAAAACCAUCCUUACCGCUGCUACCUGGAUACCGGACGUGUUGUUCCUUACCAAGGACAUUAUAUGUCCUUGUUCGUACCAAUUGCAACUUGGGGUCCGCUAGACGCUAACUGGUGCGGAGCAAUGGGAGGAUUGGAGAGAGGUGGAGACGGAGAAAGUGUGUUUCGGUAGACCAGGUGUGGAUAUCACCUGAACAGGUGUUGUUAAGGCAUCAAACGGAGACGCAGAGGUCAACACUGUGCACGGACCUUCACAUUGACCGCGCGCUUUAGAUGCCGUCUGACGUCGACACCGAGGAUGAACGUGGAUCAUCGGUAGUUAACAGUGUACGUUCUGAUAUCGGGAUCUUGAUACGAGGCCGGAUUAAAGACUUAACCGCGUACAUGCGUCAGCGAGGCAGGGUCGAUUCACGUGUUGGAAAGUGUAGUUUCGAAUAAGGCCAGUGGUCCCAAACUUAAGACGAGGAGACGAAUUCGUCCCGCAAAUCACCACUUUAGCUAAGGAACUGGCGUCAAGGUCCAUCUGGGUCAGACCUUGGACUACAUUUAGGUUGUCGCUAUACACGGACUAAGGACACUGCAGGAAGACUUACACCCAGAGCGGGACCACCGUAUUUUUACAACAGGGAUAUCGUCUCCCAGCGACGGGAAUAAAACUUUGCCAGGCUGACUGGUACGUAACGAAUGUGGGAUUUUGAGGUUUAAACGAACUUAGACGUAAAUUGGAUCACCUGGCCAAGUUUUAUUAGAUAGCUUAUCGUAUUGUUUCGACAAAGCUGUGCCAAGAGUGCUGUACAGGACACAAAGGACCACACAACAGGUACUUGUCAUCACUCGUGCUGUCAAACAAUUGAGAGAUUUUUUCCUGUCUUGGUGACCCGGGAAUGCUUUAUUUCGUUGCUACGGUGGCAGCACUAACUACAUCUCGGUAGCGUUUAUCAAAUAGGUUCCGAUACAAAAGUCGAUACCUCUUAGACACGUCCGACAUUUACCAAGGAAACGAGGACAAAGUUUUUGAAAAUCGACGGAACUGUACCACUACUUCAUGGUGUUGCACGCCGGUGCUGACGCAGGUCUAGCCGUGCAGAAACGUCCGAACGUCCGUUCGUCUGUCAGGGACUCGGUGGUCGACCUCAUCGCCCGUGGGGUUUGCAAUCGUACCCACCACGGUGUCAAGCACGGCCGCUCCCGCUCCGAGGACAGGCCACGGGACAGGCUGCCGUCCUUCCGUCCUGCCAUGAAGGGUUUAGAACAAAGUUUGACCACCAUGUCUUUACCUCGGCGCACGCCGGGUACUCUUCACCAACUCUCACCCUCAACUCUCCUCCUAGGCAGCUCCACCCUCCCCAUGCCGGCCAUGGCAAACCUGUGGACUCGGGAAGAAAGUAGUCAGAAACUACCCGUCAUUAACGAAAGGCUAAGAACUCCUUCAAGGAACCAAAGGUCUCGUUCCAUACCCAUGCUACCCCCGCCCACUAAAGAACAGGCGUCUCCGAGACGGUCAUAUAGCGAGGACCAUGGAAGGAUGAUCCCCAUCAAACCCAGCACGGCGGAAAUCAUGUUUCCGGAGAAGAUGACGGAGUCCCUGACGCCAGAUUCUGGAAGAAAAUCCACCAUCUUGAAGCCAGGCGGACAGGGCCAGAGACCGGUGACCACAAACGUGGACAAGUCUGCGGAGAAGCGGGUUCACUUUCAGAUCACUUUACCCAGAGAAAAAGAGGUCACAUUCAGGGUACCGACGCGGAAAGGCAGUGGAUCCUCGCGGGGCGUGAGCGAAGUCAGUCCCGAGAACAACUCCACUGUCACGCCGGUCUUUAAAGUCAUGGUCACCACAAAGAACAACGUGGAAGCAAAGCCGUCCACAGCGGACAACGAAAAGGCGAAAAUCGUAGCUUCCCCAGCUGAAGCGCUGUGCCGUACCUUUAUAGACACUCAUAAACUCGGAGCUCCGUCUACGCCUAAGCUAAGGACUUCUUCUCUCACCGUGGAUCAUUUCAGUGCUAUAGACUCCUAUGCAGGGCACGUCAACUACUGUGACCACAAGAAGACAGACCAGAUUGUAAAAUGGCUUGAGGACGUGAACGAACAACAAAACAUAGACGCAAAAGUCAGAAGAAGUUUGUCGUCCAGUUCGUCUGAGAAGAUCAGUGUAUGAUGGUCGGUUUUAUAUCAUGACGGGGUGAAGGAAGCUCUACCACUAGUUGUAUGUAGCUUACAGCAAAUCUUUCCAUCAGUAAGUACAUCUGUGACUGACCAGGAAGAUGUCAGGCAACCGAAGAUGAAUAGUCUUAACAAUUUGAAGAAAAUGUUUUCAAACACAACAAAUACUUUCUGGUCACAGGGUUCAGUGUGCAUUGGGGGGUGUCACAAAUGAUCUCAUAAGAGUUCAUGCUACUUUUUUUAUUCAGCUGAAAUGGACAGAAACAGCUUCUGUGGUCCAGGAUCAAAGCACUAUGACAAACGAGUAUGUUCUGCUGUGCCCAUUAAGACAGUACUGCUGCGAGGCCGUGCUUAACAAUAUUUGUUUGAGAUAACCGUGUAUUAUUAGGUUAAUCCGCCAUUGUUGUUUGGUGAUAGUACAUGCCAUUGGUCUUGAUUAAUGCAUGCGACAUACUUGUUUUCAAGUAUCACAAGCACAAGAAAAUCUUUAUAUUUCCGUUGAAUUGUACUCAAACGUCUAAUCAUACUAAGUAUUUAUUGAUAUUUAACACUAAUGAUUUUAUGUUCACAUCGAAAUAUGCCUUUUAUGUUGUUUCAUGAUUUCAUUUCUCAGAUAAGGUUUUGUAAUUAUGUCGUUUCUGUUGUUUUGUUUGGAUUUAUGUUCUUUUGUACAUUUCUGUAUAAAUUUGGUCCAGGAAAAUCGAUUCCUGAAUGUCAUUCUGUUGUGAGCCAUAUAAAUCUAGCUAAUACGGCCAUUCGUUUCAAAGUUCGCUUCUCCAUGUCGCCAUUACGGGAGACAAAUGGGAAAAUGAUCGUGUCGGCAUGGGAGCAAAUCGCGGUCGUCAACAGUUGUGUGUCACCUCUGGUGUAACCUUAAUUAUACUGCCUUUAAAAACAACUGCUCAAGGUUUCACAACAACUGCAAUCAACCGUGAUUACUGUGCAAAUAAACGAUAUUUUUGUGGCAAUUUAA